AUGUAUCACAGUGGGAUGUAUUCUCCAUAUCUGCAGACAAGUCCACCAUAUAAUAACAUUAACAACGCUCAACAAAACCAGCUGUAUCAACCCUACGUGUACCCACCAAUCAUGCAACUUCCAGAUACAACAACAGGACCUUGGUCUACAGCCUGUGUUGUGAGCGGAAGCCUGUACAUGGUGCUGAUGAUAGGGUCGCUGCUGGGAUGUUGCUGCGUGUGCACUUACUAUUCCUGCUUCCACAGAACAAAGCUGAGGCAACAGUACUUGCUGGAGGAGCAGCCCUGCAAUGAUUUCUUCGUCCAUUUCUUGCUGGAGGAGCUUCAGAACCGUGGCUACCUCAUGUCCUAA